ACAAGCUUUUAGAUAAAAGAUGGAGGAUGAGGAGAACGAUGAACUCUUGAACCCCGCUGACCUGGUGUACUUGCAGCAGAACAAGAUAAAGAACGGUGACACUCCGUCUUAUAACGGUGAUUCUUCGUUAGGGUUUGAAUCGAGGAAAACCCUGGAUUGGUCUAACUCUGGCUGGGAGAAAGACGAGGUAGAGCGUAGACUAGAGAACUGGAUUAAACCUAUCUCUGGGUGCAGGGUGGAGACUAGAGGAUCUCUCAGCCUAGGAUACUGGAACCCGGAGUCAGGACGAGUUGUCAUUACAAGACAGGUUGGUAAGCAGUAUGAAUUUAUGGGUUGCAUGAUUGAAGGAAGAUUAGAACUCAGACCAGAGGAAGGAUUAUAUCUCAUGGAGUGCUCACAACUAGAAAUAUACUAUGAUGAUGUCCCUAUGUCUAUACAGCAAGGAUAUACUACACUACUGGACUCUCAUUGCACACUGCUGGAGUAUCUGGUCUACGCCAAGCUAAUGAAGAUCGGAUACAGGGUGCUGAGGCACAGGAUAAACCUGGAUACUCCGGAGAACCAGGAGAGCACAGAGUUUACAGACUACGAGAGAAAGGUUAGGUUGGAUCAGUACCAGACUUGUAACCGGAGAAAUCGAGCUCAGAGAUCCAAACCUGUUCAAGGAACUUCAAUUUUCACUGAUUCUGAAAACGGAGAAUUUCCAUCUCACCUAUCUAAAGAGGAAAGGAAAUCGGAACCGGAGAAAAGUACGACAUUGAUGGAAAUGUUACCUGAGACGGAGGAGAUUUUAACAGAGCCGGAAAAGAUAAAACUAGUUGUUGAGGAAAUAAAACCUGGUACAGAUGCAGAUUGUGAAAAGAAGGCAGAUGUUAUGAAAGCAGAGGCGGAAAAUACUGAGAAUGAUCUUAAGAAAGAAGAUUGUAAAACAGAUAUUGAAUUGACAUCUGUAGAGGAGCUAAUGCCCAAAUCAGAAACCGAUACUGAACCGGAAGCGGAGAUUAAACCUGAAGAUGAGACUAAACCUGAAGAUGAGACUAAACCUGAAGCGGAGAUGCCGAAGGCGGAAAGUGAGCCUGAUUUAAAUGAUGUUCAAAUGGCGGAGGAAUCCUUGAAUCAAGGCGGACAUGAUAAAGUGUCGACGGUUGACGAACUUUACGCUCCAAAUUCUCCUAAAUACGAAGCUGUUGAUGAUGUGAUGGAGAAGGAUAUUCAAAAUGUUUGCUACAGGUGCCUUAAGACCCAUCCUGGAGGUGCUGAAAAAUGUUAUGCACUAGAUAAAAUCUGCCGAAUCUGCGGUAUCCGGGGUCAUUAUGAUCGUAUUCAUCAUGUAGAGAGUAUCGGAAUGCGAGAAUUCAUCCGAGAGAGAUUAAAGAACCCGGAUACUGGGUUCAGGUUCCGGGAAGAAGAUCUGUGGGCCCCUCCGCCGGAGAUGAUUUGUGUUGAUGAUACAGAGGAUACAGAUGAGACGGGGGACAAUAAGAAGGAAUAUACUGAAGAACUAUUGAGUGACGAAGAUAAUAGUGGAGAUGGUUGUGAAGAGAUAGCUGGAGUGAAUCACUCAAACCCUGUGAAUCAACAAAGCUGUGAUAACCUUGGCCGAAACAACUGUGAUACGAAUGGCCAAGACGAUUUCGAAUUCGUCGAUUUAUCCUCGGACGAGUCAAUAGAAGAAGUCCCUAAGGACGAUUCUUUUCAAGUUUGUGUUGAUCGAAGGAUGGAGUUGAUGCAGACUGCGUUAAACCAGGUUCACAGGCAAGAGAUGGAAAAUUUAGAGAAAUUUGUUUCUAGUAACCUAGCCUCUAAUAAUGGAUCAGGUACUGAAAUAUAUUCUAAACCAGGAACAACUAGAAAAAGGGUGAGUUCCUCCAAUGAACCAGCUGCCUCCCAUGGGGAGAAUCCAACCCCGUUUCCUAAACUUCCAGCCCAUUUAUUCUGUGAGAUCUGUUCAGUAAAAUCUCUCUCGGUUGCAAACCAUAAACUUCAUCUACAGGGGAAGAGACAUCUGAAAUCACUCAAGGGUGUUGCUCAGCAAACCAAGAUGUUUAAAGAACCAAGAUUAAAUCCUCCAACUUUAAUCUCUUCGUCCGGGUCCAGGGUUUCCGGAGAGACGAACCACAGGUUUGGAACCAUUAAGGUCCAGGGAGUGGGGGAGAAUGCCGGGUUGGGCUCUGGCAAGGUCCAGGAGAAGGGUGAGAAGUCAAAACAUCAACUGGGCACUAAAGAAGAGUUUAAGAACUUGAUCCCAAAUGCGUAUCAACAACAGAAAAUGAUUAUCAAGAGGAUGCGGAUUGGUUUAUUGCCGAUGUCCUGUAUUCCGUCACAAAAUGAAUACUCUGUAGAUAUUGAGAAACUAAGAUCAAAUCUCGAUUCACCAGAUCUAUUUGAUCUUUUAGAAAACCCACCUCCCGACACGGUUGCCGAGAACAGAAGAGAAUUAAACCAAGGAACAGAAAAUGUUGUAGAUCUGGAACGGAACAAUAAAUCCAGAGAUAAAACUUUGCGGCUCGAAGAUGGACCAAAAAGGUGCCGAGGGUUUUGGCCAGCCAUAGAAAGACUUGUUCCCCUUGCUCAAAAAAGUGAUAAGCUUGAGGUAAUUUACAAUUUUGGAUUCCACUCUCCGCCGAAUUCUGAUGGACGAGUAAAGAAUAAAAAACUUUUGAGGACUGGGAAAGGUAUGAAACGAGGUCUAAGCAUGAAGGCUGUAAAUAGGUGGAGACAAGAUCUGUUGUCGGAGCAGAACGGAGAGUUCCAGACCCUCCCGGAGAUGGAGAACGUGAACUGGACGGAGAAUCAGAAGGACAGAUUUCUCUCUGAUCUCCAGUCUCGAGCUGUAGCCUACGGAGAAGGAGGAUCAGGAAACUCUGAAAGGACGGAGAAAUUUGUUAUAGAUAUCACCUCCGAUGAUGAAGACCAAACUGAACGAUCCAAGCCUAGCAAAAGUGUCUCUCUAAAAAGAAAAGCAGAAGAAACCCCUAAUCCUGGCAAAAAACAAAAGGGAACCCCGACUGGGAGAAGAAGUAAUGAGAGUGAAGAUAUCUCAAUGUUAACUCAGAAAUCUACAACUUAUGUCGAACUAACAUCUUCAGGUUCGGACGAAGAUAGUUUCUCUUCUCACAGCUCGUCAUCGAGUCCAGGGAGGGAUAGUAAUGGAAUCAUUAUUCGGAGAAACCAAGAAGAACCCCCUGGGGGAUUUAGAACCAAUACUACAUCUAGAUCCAGCUCUGCAAAUUCUAGAUCUAGCUCCACUAGUUCAACAUACCAUGAUGAUGUUUCAGCACAUUCGGAACUAAGGUAUCUGAAGAAAAGCUGCUUAGGUUCACUCUGGGAGUAUGAGGGGGAGGUGGGACCCCUUAUCUCACCAGAAAUGGCAGAAUCGAUGGAGGCUAUAUUAAAAAGGAUCCGAGUAGCAGGAGCACCUAGAACACAGUUCAGACAAUCCAAAUCCCCAGAACUAGAAAUCGUCUUUGAUUGCUACAAAUCUUCAACAACCUUCAAGAAGAGUAUCCGCCCUGUACCAGACUAUCGAAUUGUUGUGCUAGAGUUUAACUCUCCAGUUCCAGACUCCAGUCAACUGAUCAACCUGGAGAACAAGAUCAGGGAUAAUGCUCCAAUACUUUUUGCUCUGGUGAAUGGUGGCACAGUCUCCUUUGUGACGUUUGGGAAAAUAGAACUUCCUGUUUUAUUAGAAGAUAUGGACUAAUUACAAAACCAAUCUCAACAAAUUGUGAUAGUAUAAAUACCAGAAAUCAUGAAUUUCUAACAUGCAUUUUAUUUUAGGUUCCUUGGGUAUGGGAAACUAAAUUUUAUGUUAAAUUAUUUUCAGAAA